CGCGACCGUAGCGCACUUCAAGCACCUGGAAAGACAGGAUGUGCCAUCGGGUCAUUUCAUUGUAUUGCUCAUUAUUUCACCUUUAAACCGAAAAUUAUGUACGAAUUAAAAAACCGUCCCAAUUAACCCGACCGUCUAAUUGUGACGAUGUACAAACUUAUUAUGAAAUUCAAAAACUACUUCACCAAGUCGAAGUGCCCGGGCCAGACGCCGCCGCCGCCCCAGAGCAGCUCACCCGAGGUCCCUGCGACAAAGGGCCCCAGCAUGACAGCGCCACCCACUCCCAACAUUAUCAGGAAAAUCUUACCCCUGGCCGCGUUUUCGGUGGCUUUUGCCAUCGUCAUGACAGUCCUUAUCCUCUAUAUGGAUAACACAGCCAUGCGACACUACCAGUUUCGGGUCAACAUGAGCCAGGAUUACGAACUUUUGAGCGUCUCACAAGACAAUCCACAACUUAUCACCUACAUCAGGGAGGUGCACAUGCAGCCCGCCAUUGAGCCCCACCACAAGCCGCUCGAGUCGCAGGCCACGGGGCCCCCGGAAGACACCGCCUACGUGCUCAAACUACUCAACAAUAAGCGGGACGGCGUGUUCGUGGAGUCGGGGGCGUACAGCGACGGCAAGACGUCGAAAACCGAGUGGCUGGAGAAGAAGCUGGGGUGGCGGGGGCUCCUGAUCCAGUCCGACACCCGGCACUACUUCAGCCUGCGACGGCACAACCGGGUGCGGUCCCAGGCGAUCCACGCCUGCCUCAGCUCCAUGCCGUACCCCAAAGAAGUGACAUUCCACCAAGAGAACGAGGUCAAAAUCAACAGCGUGGUGGACGACCCCGACUGGUUCACCACGCGGAUCAAGUGUUUCCCGCUGUUCUCGCUGCUGCUCGCGAUGAACGUCACGACGAUCGACUACCUGAGCCUGGAGUCGGCCGGCACCGAGCUGCAGGUGCUGGAGACGAUUCCGUUCGAAAGGGUGAAGAUCGAAGUGAUUGGGGUGCAUUUGCUGGCCAGUGAGGCGGAGAGAGACACGAUCAAGAAGUUUCUGGCGAUGAAGCAGUACGCCUUCAUGCAGGGCUUCAACCACACUUAUAUUUUUAUGAUGAAUAGGGUGAAAAUUUGAGGGGUAAUUGUCACGUAGAAGACUGAAGCGCGCAAAUGAAUGCUGAUCACCGUAUUUUUAUACCUAUGUGAUAGGACUUGGUUUUUAUUUCGCUGUCACUAGUGCCUUUGUAGCGUUCCAAUUGUUGAGAUGCAUUCCCGUUAUACAACUGAUUUUUAUGCAUUUAUUUUAGGAUUAAUGAUUAGAUUAGGCGACAAUUAAGUACUUAUGCUUGAUUUCAUUUGUACAAUUCUCCAUGACAUUUUUGUACUUAUUCUUUAUUAAAUAAAGGUCACGAUA